UUUUUUCUUCUUCAAGGAGAACAAAGGGGAUUUGAAGUGGGAUUAUUUUUGGAAGCUGGAUUUUACUUUCUGUGGGUUCAAGAGCUGAAGUCAGGUGGCGUUCACAGUCGGGAAGUCAUGUCCAGAUCGGGUGAUAGAACAUCCACCUUUGACCCAACACACAGUGACACCCUGCUGCACGGGCUCAAUCUCUUAUGGAGGAAGCAGCUCUUCUGUGAUGUGACUCUCACUGCCCAGGGACAGCAGUUCCACUGCCACAAAGCGGUGCUGGCCUCCUGCUCACAGUAUUUCAGAUCACUCUUCUCCUCCUCUCACAAUGCCAUCAACAAUGAAGGGAGCAAAGGAGACCAGGGCAGCAGUGGGACCCCGUCAUCAUCUCCUGAUGACAAGCUGGUGACCCCAAAUGCCAGGCCCAUCAAUAACCUGGUACUCCAAGGCUGCUCCUCCAUUGGACUGCGAUUAGUGUUGGAGUACCUCUACACUAUCCUCAACAUCCCCCAGAUCACGAAACUCAGCGUGCAGUUCCUCAACGACCAGAUCUCUGUGCAGAACUACAAGCAGAUCUGCAAGAUCGCCGCCCUCCACGGACUGGACGAGACCAAGAAGCUGGCCAACAAGUACCUGGUGGAGGACGUGCUCUUGCUGAACUUUGAGGAGAUGUGUGCCAUGCUGGACGCUCUGCCGCCUCCCGUGGAGUCAGAGCUGGCUCUCUUCCAGAUGUCAGUCCUGUGGCUGGAGCACGACCGGGAGACUCGCAUGCACUACGCUCCGGACCUCAUGAAGAGGCUGCGCUUCGCCCUCAUACCUGCCCCGGAGCUGGUGGAGAGGGUGCAGUCGGUUGACUUCAUGAGGAGCGACCCCGUGUGCCAGAAACUCCUCCUGGACGCCAUGAACUACCACCUGAUGCCCUUCAGACAACACUGCAGGCAGACUAUGGCCAGCAGAAUCCGUUCCAAUAAGCGAAUGCUGUUACUGGUGGGUGGUUUGCCCCCUGGACCUGAUCGUCUCCCCAGCAAUUUGGUCCAGUACUAUGACGAUGACAAAAAGACAUGGAAGAUCCUCACGAUAAUGCCUUACAACAGUGCCCAUCACUGUGUGGUGGAGGUGGAGAACUUCCUGCUGCUGCUGGGCGGAGAGGAUCAGUGGAAUCCCAACGGAAAGCACAGCACCAACUUCGUCAGCCGCUAUGAUCCCAGAUUCAACAGUUGGAUACAGUUGCCUCCCAUGCAGGAGAGGAGAGCGAGUUUCUUCGCCUGUCGUCUGGAUAAGCACCUGUACGUGAUCGGAGGUCGAAACGAGGCGGGCUACCUCUCCAGCGUGGAGUCCUACAACCUGGAGACGAACGAGUGGAACUACGUUUCGUCUCUGCCGCAGCCGCUCGCCGCCCAUGCAGGGGCCGUACAUAAUGGCAAGAUCUACAUUUCAGGAGGAGUUCACAAUGGGGAGUAUGUGUCCUGGCUCUACUGUUACGACCCCGUAAUGGAUGUGUGGGCUCGGAAACAGGAUAUGAACACAAAGCGCGCUAUUCAUGCCCUGGCUGGAAUGAAUGACCGCCUGUAUGCUAUUGGUGGAAACCAUUUGAAAGGUUUCUCUCAUCUGGACGUGAUGCUGGUGGAGUGCUAUGACCCCAAAGCGGACCAGUGGAACAUCCUGCAGACGCCCAUCCUGGAGGGUCGCAGUGGUCCAGGCUGUGCUGUUCUGGACGACAGCAUCUUCCUUGUGGGCGGUUACAGCUGGAGCAUGGGAGCCUACAAGUCAUCGACCAUCUGCUAUAGCCCGGAGAAAGGAACAUGGACAGAGUUGGAGGGAGAGGUGGCUGAGCCCUUGGCGGGCCCAGCCUGUUCCACCGUCAUCCUGCCCGUCUGCCUCCCAUUUAACAAAUGACAACUAAUCCAACCACUGGGUGUCCAGGAUGAGGAGCAGGACAGAGACUGGGGGGAGGAGCCCGAAUAAGCAAAACAGUUGUCAACAAUUUUUCCAAAUACCCUUUGGUGAGAUUAAAGGGGGAAGUGUAUAAAUUAUUUUUUUACUGGUUUGACCAAGAGCACUUUCGUUAUUGUUUACUGGAUGUUUGAAAAAAAUGGAAAGAAAACAGUGUAACUCAUGUAUUUAAACUCAUCUGUGUUAUGAGAAAUGGUCCGUUUCAUAUUUUGAGUUGAUUUGAUCUGAUAGUAAGUGUUUUUUGGCUUCUCUUCUAUAGCACGCAUAGUGUUGAACUGCAUUAUAGCUUUUCAAACCCAUUGUAUCUUGUAUUCAGUAGAGGCAUAUUUCCAGCAGAAUACAGUGUUGAUUCAAAGGCUGACACUGGGGAAAAUAUACUGGAGUGCAGUUGAACUGGGGCAGGGUGAAAUACACGUUUUAUAAUGGUCAAUGUGUAGAAAUGUCAAUGCUGGACCACAUGUUCACUGGCAAAGUAUCCGUCAAUCACUGUCAGUCAUUCCGCUGUCUUAUUUGACUGUAAAAAACACUUGACAAAAACACACAGUGGAAGAGUGGUUAAUGCUCUUACCUUACAAUUCCUGGCUUUUCCUGAAAGAGUUUGUGUUUUUUCAAGUAGUUCUUUUUCUUAUUCCAAAGUCCACAAACAUGCAGAUGUAGAGUCAGGAUUUAGCCAGCGUUUGCCUGUUGACUGCUGGGAUUGGCUGCUGCUCCAACCACUACAGAAAAAGGGCAGAGGCAGUAGAAAAUUAAUGGAUGAUUAAAUUAAUCAUUUCUGCAUUUUUAUUUAAUUCAUCAACUGGCAAUAUUAAAUCUCAACUGAACACAUGAAACUCAUGGAAUGUCCCCUCUGGUGGACAUUUUCUAAACUGGGAAUCAUGGGUAAAAUCUGUAAUCUUGAUGUGUAGCCGCAGCUUACGACUCAAAUCCUUCAUUGUCUAAGUGAAAGAAAUAAUAGUAUCUAAAAAAUUACUAUCCACUGAUCAUUAUGAAAAUGUGUCCUCAUCACCCGGCCCUAAUGUUGAACUAGUUAUUAGUUAUUAAUUUCCACCCUGGUUAAAGCUGUGUUUCUGUAUUACUUGUUGAACAGAGAGUUUCAUACAGGUUAGCUGCUUUAAAAAAAGAAAAAGAAAAAAAAGAAAAGAAAAAGUUUCCGGUGUUUGUGGCAGCUACUCCUUAUCCUGCUGCCUAAACAAUUUAAGGGUGUACCAUUGACUCCCGAUGUUCACACGACGCACUAAUGUUCACACUAAUACUACAAUGACGGUACAAUCAAAUUGUAAUUUCUAACCAAUGUGUUUAUGAGUAACAUGUUUGGGUAGACAGACGAAGGUGAUGUUUGUUUGGGUUAAUGUUGACGGACAGGUCUAGCUGUGUGGCGGUGUAGCAUUAGCCUCACGGGACGUUAACUUAAAAACAGAUCCUGAAAUGCACUAAAAGUGAACUUUUUAAUUCAGCAAACAAAGUUCGCGUAAAAAUGUAAAUGAAUCUGUGUGAUGUUUAAAAAAAGAAUGAAAAAAAAACAACAAA